AUGAGCUCUAUCACAAUUCCAGAAAAGGUCAUCAACUGGGAUACGCUCAAUGAAAUAGUGUCAAUGGACGAAGACAGUCCGGACUUUUCCAAAAACCUGGUAAUCCAAUAUCUCGAUCAGGCUGCCACGACGUUUGACCAAAUCCAACAGGAAUUGGAUGGAAAAUGCGAGCUGGAACAACUGGCAUCGUUAGGCCAUUUUUUGCGAGGUUCCUCUGCAGCCCUGGGAUUGCAACGCAUCGCAUGGGCCUGUGAACGCAUACAAAAUUUAGGACGCAAGCGUGAGGGUUCAGUGGCUGGCCAGACCGUGCCAGACUCUCAUUAUGCAACCCUUAUCAGGAACAACUUGAGCUGCGCAAGACACGAGUUCAAGGCUGCCAAAGCUGAGCUUUCUGCAUUUUACAACAGUGAGCUCUAA